CGCCCGCCCCCCGGUAGGCGGGGCCGCGUUCUCCCCGCAGCCGCCGCCGCACCGCCGCCUGGGCCGCCCGAGUCCCCGGUGGAGCCGCUGCCGCCGCCGGGAACUCGAUGCGGACGGAGCCCGGGCCGGGCCAUGGGGAUCCUCAGCAUCACGGACCAGCCGCCCCUGGUCCAGGCCAUCUUUAGCCGCGAUGUGGAGGAAGUGCGUUCCCUCCUCUCGCAGAAGGAGAACAUCAACGUGCUGGACCAAGAGAGGCGAACCCCAUUGCAUGCUGCUGCCUACGUAGGCGAUGUCCCCAUCCUCCAGUUGCUACUGAUGUCAGGUGCUAAUGUCAACGCUAAGGACACACUGUGGCUGACCCCUCUUCAUCGUGCUGCUGCCUCCCGAAAUGAGAAGGUGCUGGGACUGCUGCUGGCACAUUCAGCAGAUGUGAAUGCCCGGGACAAGCUGUGGCAGACACCACUGCAUGUGGCUGCUGCCAACCGGGCCACCAAGUGUGCUGAGGCUCUUGCACCUCUGUUGAGUAGCCUCAAUGUGGCUGACAGGAGCGGGCGCAGUGCUCUGCACCAUGCAGUGCAUAGCGGGCAUCUCGAGACAGUGAACUUGCUCCUCAACAAGGGAGCCAGCCUGAAUGUCUGUGACAAAAAGGAGCGGCAGCCUCUACACUGGGCAGCUUUUCUGGGGCAUUUGGAAGUCCUGAAACUGCUAGUGGCACGUGGUGCAGACCUGGGCUGUAAGGACCGCAAAGGCUAUGGGCUGCUGCACACAGCUGCGGCCAGUGGCCAGAUUGAAGUGGUGAAGUACCUGCUCCGAAUGGGGGCUGAGAUUGAUGAGCCCAAUGCUUUUGGAAACACAGCUUUGCACAUUGCAUGCUACCUGGGCCAGGAUGCUGUGGCUAUUGAGCUGGUGAAUGCAGGAGCCAAUGUCAACCAGCCGAAUGACAAGGGCUUCACGCCACUGCACGUGGCUGCAGUCUCCACCAAUGGCGCUCUCUGCUUGGAGCUGUUGGUCAAUAACGGGGCUGACGUCAACUACCAGAGCAAGGAAGGGAAAAGUCCUCUGCACAUGGCUGCCAUUCACGGUCGUUUCACACGCUCCCAGAUUCUCAUUCAGAAUGGUAGUGAGAUUGAUUGUGCCGACAAAUUUGGGAACACACCCCUGCAUGUGGCUGCUCGAUAUGGACAUGAACUGCUCAUUAGUACCCUCAUGACCAAUGGCGCGGAUACUGCCCGGCGUGGUAUCCAUGACAUGUUCCCCCUGCACUUAGCUGUUCUCUUUGGAUUUUCUGACUGUUGCCGGAAGCUCCUAUCCUCAGGUCAGCUGUACAGCAUUGUGUCUUCACUCAGCAAUGAGCAUGUGCUUUCAGCUGGGUUUGACAUCAACACACCUGACAACCUUGGCCGCACCUGUCUUCAUGCUGCUGCUUCUGGAGGAAAUGUGGAAUGUCUUAAUUUGCUAUUGAGCAGUGGAGCUGAUCUGAGGAGGAGAGAUAAAUUUGGAAGGACCCCACUGCACUAUGCAGCCGCCAAUGGUAGCUACCAGUGUGCAGUAACACUGGUGACUGCUGGGGCGGGAGUCAAUGAGGCUGACUGUAAAGGCUGUUCUCCUCUCCACUACGCUGCUGCCUCUGACACUUACCGGAGAGCGGAACCCCACACUGCUUCCAGCCAUGAUGCUGAAGAGGAUGAGCCGCUGAAGGAGUCCCGCAGGAAGGAGGCCUUCUUCUGUCUGGAGUUUUUACUGGAUAAUGGUGCAGACCCCUCCCUGCGGGACAGGCAGGGCUACACAGCUGUGCACUAUGCAGCCGCCUACGGCAACAGACAGAACCUCGAACUGCUCUUAGAAAUGUCCUUUAACUGCCUGGAAGAUGUGGAGAGCACCAUUCCAGUCAGCCCUUUGCACUUAGCUGCCUACAACGGUCACUGUGAAGCCCUGAAGACACUGGCUGAAACGCUGGUGAAUCUGGAUGUAAGGGACCACAAGGGCCGGACUGCGCUCUUCCUGGCCACUGAGCGAGGCUCUACUGAGUGCGUAGAGGUACUUACGGCCCAUGGUGCCUCUGCCCUCAUCAAGGAGCGCAAGCGCAAGUGGACGCCCCUACAUGCUGCUGCUGCCUCUGGCCACACUGACUCCCUACACUUGCUGAUUGACAGUGGGGAACGAGCUGAUAUCACAGAUGUCAUGGAUGCCUAUGGACAAACCCCACUGAUGCUGGCCAUCAUGAAUGGUCAUGUGGACUGUGUACAUCUGCUGCUAGAGAAGGGAUCCACAGCUGAUGCUGCUGACCUCCGGGGCCGCACUGCCCUCCACCGUGGGGCAGUGACUGGCUGUGAGGACUGCCUGGCUGCCCUGCUGGACCAUGAUGCAUUUGUACUGUGCCGAGACUUUAAAGGCCGUACACCCAUUCACCUGGCCUCAGCCUGUGGCCACACUGCUGUGUUACGGACGCUGCUGCAGGCUGCCCUUUCCACAGACCCCCUGGAUGCCGGGGUGGAUUACAGCGGAUACUCGCCCAUGCACUGGGCCUCCUACACUGGACAUGAAGAUUGUCUGGAGUUGUUACUUGAACAUAGCCCAUUCUCAUACCUGGAGGGAAACCCCUUCACUCCUUUGCACUGUGCAGUAAUUAAUAACCAGGACAGCACCACAGAGAUGCUGCUGGGAGCUCUGGGUGCCAAGAUUGUGAACAGCCGAGAUGCCAAAGGACGGACCCCCCUUCACGCCGCUGCCUUCGCGGACAAUGUCUCUGGGCUCCGGAUGCUGCUGCAGCAUCAAGCCGAGGUGAACGCCACUGAUCACACAGGCCACACUGCGCUCAUGACAGCAGCUGAGAAUGGGCAGACCGCUGCUGUAGAAUUUCUGCUGUAUCGAGGGAAGGCAGAUCUGACUGUGCUGGAUGAAAAUAAGAACACUGCCCUCCACUUGGCAUGCAGCAAGGGCCAUGAGAAAUGUGCCCUCAUGAUCCUGGCAGAAACCCAAGACCUUGGCCUUAUCAAUGCUACCAACAGUGCGCUGCAGAUGCCACUGCACAUUGCUGCCCGGAAUGGUCUCGCUUCUGUGGUGCAGGCCCUGCUAAGUCGUGGGGCCACAGUACUAGCUGUGGACGAAGAAGGUCACACCCCAGCACUGGCCUGUGCCCCCAACAAAGAUGUGGCAGACUGCCUGGCCUUGAUCCUUUCCACCAUGAAGCCUUUCCCACCCAAGGAUGCUGUCAGUCCUUUCAGCUUCAGCCUGCUCAAGAACUGUGGCAUCGCAGCUGCCAAGACGGUGGGUGGCUGUGGUGCCCUGCCCCACGGGGCUUCCUGCCCCUAUAGCCAGGAGCGGCAUGGCGCCAUUGGGUUAGAUGGCUGCUACUCUGAGUAGCCCCCUCCAGUGUCCCUUCCCCUGCCGGUGGCUUGAUAUCUUAUUCUAUUUAUUUAGAAAAAAAUCUAAACAUUUAGGGCACUUUAAAGGAGAACACGACUGGGUGGAGGGGUGGAGGGGGGAAGGAAGCACUGGGGAGCAGCUGCUCACCCCUUUGCCACACCAUCCCAGCCUGGCAGGGGUCUGGGACAGACAGGGAACACCCCAGGCCCUUGGUACCCCCAGGGCAACCCUUUCUGCCAAGUGUCCCAAAAUGAUUGAUAAAUGCCUGGCUUUUCCCUCUCUUUGAUUCCAUCUCAGUUCCCCCUUUCUGCUGCCAGCUCCCCCAACUCUGUCCUCUCCAUGUCACCUACCCCUUUACCCCUACUGCCAGGCAGACCUCUCCUCUUCUUCCAUACCCAUCACCACCUCCCUGCUCGGCUGGCCCCUCCAUCCCUGCAGCAGUGAGAAGCCUUAAUUUCUGGUACUGUGUGAGCACUCUGGGGCAGCUAGAGGAUGAGGGGGGGAAGGUACUUAGCACUGGGGCCUGGAGCUUUUCCCCCACUCUAUACCCAAUCACCCCUGAAGUUCAAAUGCAAAACACUUGAAGCAGCAACUACUGUACCUGGGCCCCAAUCCUGCACUCUCCCCUGGCUCCUCAUAUGCAAAUCAAGGGCUGGUUCUGCCCCCACAGCCUGCCCCACUCCCCUCCCACUGCUGGCCUGGCCCCCUAACCACGCACUUUAACCUUGCUUUUUUUCUUUUAACCUUUGGGAGAACAGAGCCUGUGGCCAUUCCCUCUCUGGCUCACUUCUCUCAAUUUUGAGGCUUGUCAUGAAUUUUUAAGUAAGCAUUUUAUCCUUUAGGGGAAGAAACAAGUUAAUUUGCUGCCCAUUUCAAAAUCAUAGCUCUAGUAUGUCCUCUGUGUUUCAGGCAUGUGCUGCUUGCAUGUGUGUGGAGGGAAGAACUGUGUCCUUCCUCCUAUGCCCCCCAUCCCAGAGUUCCUUAAGCCCCCUGUCUGCUUACACCUUCUGUCAUGUUGAGAGUACCCACCGCCCCAGUCACUCCUGAUUUGAAGCCAAAGAUGGUGGGAGGGGCGGGGCAGUCUAGGGACCUGUGGCUGAAUUGCAAAAGCAAACCUCCCUCUGCCGGAGGGGGAAGCUAAAAUGGAGAGAGCAAUGGAUGGAGCCUGAGGCGCGGUCCCCUGCCUUUCCAGUAGAGGGAGAGAUGGGAUUGAGCUGGGGGCUGCAUUGAUAAGAUUCCUAGAAGUUGCACCCUAGAAGCCAAACUGGGUCAGUGUGAGAAGGGGGCAGUUUUCUCUCUAAAUGUAGCAUUGAAUCUGGCCUGGUCCCUUCAGAUGCCCUGUCCAUCCAUGUCCUAGGUAAGCCUCUGUGCAGCUGGACCCACUCCUGUAGCCCAGUGUUCCUUCCUCAUACUCAAUACCUCAGCCAGGGGCCAAGACACAGAACUUGAAUAGAGGUCCUGCCCCCUCCACCCCGACAAUGCAUCCUUGCCCAGUUUGGCUGCCAUCAGUAUUGUCCCCUGAGAACUGGACAGGCUUCGUUUACACAGUACAAGGGGUCUCUCCUGGGGACCCUUCAGCCUCCUAUCCCACCGAAGCUUGCUCUAUUCAAAUCUUACCCAUUUUUCAGUUGUGUCCCUUGAAUGUCUUGCCACCCUUGCCAAGGGUGGGCUGGGGGAGAGGGCCCAUCCCAGAGAUGUCUCCCUCCUCACAUAUGCCCUUAACCAUACCUCAUGCUGGUUCCCUGAAGCCUGGGGUGUUUGUCCAAGUCCUUAUUUUUUUUUUUUUCAGUUUCUUCUUAUUCCCUGUCUCUCUGUGUCUUGCUUCCCCAACUCUCAGAUCCUAAACCAUUUCAAGGCUUCCAAAUGACCAUUAUUGGUGAGAAGGAUUGUGCAGCUUUUAGUUUUUAUUUUUGUUUUCAAAGCCAAAGGGCCUUGCAACGCCCCUCUUGCCCUCCUCCCAUCAUACCUUGUCCUCCCCUAUAUGACAAUCAAUGUGACCUCUUAAGGGCUGCUGCCCCCACCCUGACCCUGCUGGUUCUGCAAAGUUUGCCCCCUGACUUCAGUUCUUUCUCCUAAGAUCUUCCCGUUAUACCCCCUCCCUCUCAUUUUGGUGCUGGGAAUUAGGUGGUAGGGGGCACGGGGUGCAAGGACAUGGUUUCUUGGGAAUGAGUUGGGGUAUCAGUCGUGUUCUCCUUUAUCAAUGCUUAGUGACGACAGGAAAAAAUCUUGAGUAUUUGUCAGGAGCCCCAUUGUUUCGUUUUGCUAGAUGAGAUUUCUGGUGGCUGUCUGUUCCCUGCUGCUCCUCAGCACAUUGUCAGCAGUGCUGGGGAGAUGGGGCCCCCUCUGUCCCUCCUCAUGUGGUUAUGAGGAGGCCUGGAGGGUGAGCAGCCUCCUCUCCUUAUGCCAAAGGAAAUCCCGCACCCCACCCCGGGCUCCCCAGUCCCUAGUGUUUUUUGAAGCAUUUUGACCAUUCUCAUGGCCACUGCAUAUUUAUUUUAAUGUUAAGAUUUUUUUUUAAACCUCUUUGACUUAAACGGGUGCGGAGAAGUAAAACAGGCAGAAUGCCCCCCAAUCUUCGGGGGUCGGGUGGGGGAGGAAGCACCUCCUUCCCUUCGCCUGCCCCUCCCCACCUCCCCACCGCAGCUCUAAAGCACUUGCUUCAAGUAAUAAGCACUUUUGUGGAAAGGCCUAUUUGGAGUGAGGACCCUGGGAGCACCCCAGGUUCUAGCAAAGGAGAUGGAGCGAGGGCUACAUAGGAGACAGACUUGUGAAUCAGAGGGCGAGAUGAAAAGAGCCAGUUUUUAGUUUCUGAUAUUUGGGGGAAUGUUUCUGAUUGGGCGGUGGCUUUGGUAGGGUUGUGUACCAUACUUCAGAAAAACAAAUGGCACAAACUGUGGGUCCCAGGAUGGACCAACAGACCCGGGUCACUGCCACUGUCCAACUGAGACUGAUGGGCCACCUCCCCCAUCCCGUGGCCCCCUGAGCCAUAGGACUGCUGAAAACCACUGAAUGUACAGCCCAGGUUGGGGUGGGGAGCAGCCCCUGGGGGAGGGGGCUUCUCCUUUUGUUUGGUGCUGUGGGGGGUGGGAGAGAUGAGACUGAGGGACUGCCACCCCACGUAGACGUGUUUCCUUGGGGUGGAGGGGCUGAGGAGAGUCUGCCUCCCUCUCCAACCCCAGCCAUGGCCCCUCUUCCUUCCUCACCCCUAUCCGUUUUGACUGUAAGUCCAGCUCACCUUUGCCUUCAAUAUGUAACCAAAGGAAAACUCAAUACUGUUUCCACCACUGUCUGCCCACCCGAGCACCUUCUUACUCCCUGGACUUAGAAGGGAGAAGCUGGGGGUGGGUUAGGUGGGGCCAGAGUGAACGGUUCUACAACUGUACCCCCAAAACCUUCUCUGCGGUCUUGGAAGGGGUCCUGAGAGGUGGGGAGGGGCCAGGCUGGCAGGGCUGGGAGUAGGCACACUCUGUAUCUGACGCACAUGGCACAUGAGUGUUUCCUUGUCGAAAUGACUCCAGUGACUAUGGUCCAGCGGGGAGACCCCUUCCUCUUUCCCUCUCAGCCAUUCAUCAUGCUCUCCCCAUCCCCAGUGUUCAUUCUCCACCUCCUUUCCCACCGCAAAGGAAAAUAGCCUUACAGACCCUAACCCAGAAACCUACUCCUGGGGCAAACCAGUAUGGGCCCCCAUCCCACCAAGUUUGAACCCUACCUUUUGAAAAGGAGGGAUAAGGAGCAAAGUAGCCCCUUCCCCUCUAAUUAUGAUGGCUCCAGCCCUCCAUGGCCUUGGGCCAGGCUGGGCAAGGGCGGAGGGUGAGGAAUCUUUGAGGACCAAGCCCAGUGGUCUGGGAAGAGGGAGGUAGCGAGGGACAGGUCUGACUUGGGGACUCCUUCCUCCCCCACCCAAUCCCUAGAGACCCAACCCCUAGAGAAGCGACCAAAUCCCAGAGAUGGGCGGGAGCUGGGGGGAGGGUCUGCUCUAUGAAUUACUUGAAGGUACUGAUUCUGAGGCUGCUGUUGCCCACAUAGGUGUGAGGGGGACACUGUCACUGCAUUUGGGAGGGCAGAGCGUGGCGGGCGAUAAGAGGAUGUGUCCUCAGCCCUCACUCACUCUUGCUAGGCCCUUUCUCUGGGGUGUCUGCAAGCCUGACUGCCCCAGGGAAGGCAGGGAGAGCCUUCCCUCCCAUCUCCAUCCUCACUCUGGGCACCCUCUCCAAUUGCACUAAGUAGCUGUUGUGCCAGUCUUACCCCACACCAGGGUGGGGUCUCUGCUUCCAGUCUUUUCCCACUGCCUCCACUCCCCUCCCAGACAAUCUCCUUGUUCCACUUGUAUUCCUGGAUAGCUCAGCUUUGUAUGUGUGUGUUUGGGGGUGGGGUGGGUUUUGGCUGGAGUGGGUUUGGCAGAGGCUUAGGGAGGGCUAGGAGACAGAUGGAGGAUGAUGUCUUCUACCCCUUUCCCCAGCUCUGAGUCACAGAAGCCUGGGAGGGUGGGUGCCUACUCUUGCUGCCGUGUGUCUUGCAGAUGUGCCAAAAUGGGGAGGGUGGGAUGGGAGGGUGCCUGGUAGAGCAGCCCCCAGGGUGGCUCUCUCAAAGCAAUACAGUCCCCUGCUUGGGGACGGCAAGACAGGGGAGAGGGUUGGGGUAGGGACCUGGGGGUUCCCGUGUACAGCUGUGUAUAUUCAGGGGUAUUCUCUGUCUGGUACCCACUGUGGGCAUCUAUGUGUGUGUGAACCUCCUUUCCCCAUGCCCUGCAUGACCUGUGAUGCUGCAGACACCACCAUCCUGUGUACAGGUGUGUCGGGGGCACAGAGGGACAUGUUUCAUGUCCUGUUGCACCCUCCACCCUGUGACCCAUGUACUCGGUUGUAGGAAGUAAAGAGAACUGAGCACAAUUCACUGGAUUCUAGUUGAAUCUUUCUCUAAGCAAUUUCCCCAUUCCUGCCCUUCCCCUACCCUGGAUCUACCUGUGGUGCUAGUGUUGGGGUCGGGGGUGUUUAAUGCUGGUGGGCAGCAAUAAAGGGCAGAUCUGCCCAGAUGCCUGCAUCCCCAGGGUGCUGAGGGCAAUAGGAAAAAGUGGGGGCCUUGGUGCAUUUGCCCCACCCUUCCUCUCCUCCCUGGGCUAAAGCACAAUGCUCUUCCUGAAGAUUGAUGCACCCUGCCCUCUCCUGGCCCCUACUCAUGUCCUCCCCCAACCUGCUUUGAGCCCUCCCACCACACCGGUUUUCUAUGCUGUUUUGGUGCAAGUACAAUUGUCGUAGUCAUGGCUUUGGGAUGGGUUCUGUUUAUUAAAAUCCUAUUGCUCCUA